AUGGAAGGGCUUGUACGCCAAAGGGGUAGUAUCAAAGCCAGCUUGACAAAUUUUGCUAAAUAUGUUUCUAAUUUGCUAAGAAGUGAUGAACUUCUCCCAGAGAACGUUUUUGAUUUGCAAGAAAGAUUAAAUAGUUUAGAAUGUAGCAUGCUGCAAAGAUUUGCUGAUAUACAGGAUAAAAUAGAUAGAGAUUGUGAUGAAACUGAAUUGGAAGAUGAACAUGAUGAGAGGUGUGAAUUUGAGAAUAAAUACUAUAAAGUUUUAGCUACAGCAAAAAACAUUUUAGCCAAUAACAAAAAGUUAUUAUAA